AUGGAGAACAUCGAAAAUGUUAAAUUAUUUAUAAGGUCAUUGGAUUCAAGCAUAUCUAGUUAUGAGAAUAGUCUAACUCCUUUAUUAAAGACUAAUCUUGAUGAUUUGAUAAAUACUGCAAAGACAGGUGAGGAUAAGAUACAAAUAUUGAAUAAUUUCGCUUAUGUGUUUAUAUCUACUAUUUAUUCAUACUUGAAAAGUAUAGGAAUAGAUACUGAUUCUCAUCCAAUUAAAAAUGAAUUAAAUAGAGUUAAAACAUAUAUGGCAAGAUAUAAGAAUUAUAUUAAUGGUGUAAAAAAUGAGGAACAAAGACAAGAAGAGAAUCAACAAAAGACUAAAGAAUUCUUGACUAACACACUUGGUAUUAAGAAUGUCGAGUCAUUGACUACUACUGAGAGACAUAGUGGGCCAGCUAUAAGUUCUGAGAGUUUCAAGGGUAAACAUACUCGAUUCAAAGAUGAGAGUGAGAGUGAGGAUGACGUAACUGGUGACUUUAAAAAGGAUUCAAUUAUUGAAUCUGAGGGAUUCAAAUUACCUAAAAAGUCUAAAAGGAAAAUGAAACAAUUACCCAACAAAUCUACAAAGUCCAUAUCAAGUUUAAAUAAGUCCAAGAAAAAUGACGGGAAUAUAGUAAACUCAGAUAAAAGUAAAAUAAUAAAACCAAAGAAGAACAAGAGUAAAGAUAGUAAUAGCAAAUAG